AUGGUACUGUUCAUGAAGCUUUUACUUUAUCAAGAAUAUCCUGUUAGGGUCACAAACGAGAGGGUUCUUGAGAUUGCACAGCUGCCCAGCCUCUUUGCGCUGCUAAAGCAGAGACGCUUACGCUGGCUGGGGCAUGUGCAUCGAAUGCAACCUUCUCGUUUGCCGCGGCGUGUUUUGCUUGGCGCCAUAGCUGAUGCCAAAAGAAGUAUCGGUCGGCCGAUGCUACGGCAUAAGGACUGCGCCAAGCGAGACAUGCACUCCUUCAACAUCCCGGUUCAUAAAUGGGAGGAGCUUGCCGAGGACAGAGAUAAGUGGCGCAAACUGGUGUUCGACGGUCGCAAAAUCCACGAUGACGCUUGGUUUAAGACACUCGCCACCCCGCCUGACUGCCCCUAUGGGGAAAUUUUUGACCCAUGCCCCACCGUUCCAUGCGAAGGGGACAACUGUCCCAAAACCAAAGAUUCGCCACAAACUUGUCCGAUCGGAAUAGUGUGCGAUCCACCACGAUGCGUGUGCGGCUACAACAGGAAAAGAGCUAAGAAUGGCACUUGUAUCCUAAUAACUGACUGUCCACCGUUUAAAUGCGGUAAAAACGAAACGUACGUAGCUUGCUCAUCAAACUGCCCAGGGGAGAAUUGUAGCGACUACAUCAACCAAACGAAAUGUCCACAAUACAGGAUCGGCAUUAUCGUAAAUUGCAAACCGGCGUGCAAAUGUAAGAAGGGCUAUUACAGGGACAAGAAAGGAAACUGCAUUCUGGCUUGUGACUGUACUAAACCCCCGCCGAAAUGCGGCAAGAACGAGGUAUACGACGACUGCUCUUCCACGAGUUGUAAGCCGACACUUUGCUCCCAGCUCGGUUACCCGUUGAAAUGUGAUAAGAAAUGCAAGCCGGGAUGCAAGUGCAAGGAUGGCUAUGUUCGCAACGACAAGGGUGUUUGUAUCCCUAUAAAGAACUGUCCAUCAUGUGGUGGAGACAAAAACGCCGCGUCGGGAUGUGGCACUAACUGUGGCAAAACAUGCGCUUCGCUUGGCCAAAAACCUCCUUUCGUUUGUCCAAAGAUUUGUAAGCUCAACAGUUGCGAUUGCAGGGAUGGAUUCUAUUAUGAUCCUAACCAGAAAAAAUGCGUUAAGAAAGAGGACUGCACGCCAACCUGCAAAGUGAACGAAAUAUAUUCGACUUGCAUAAAUGGCGGCUGUGGCCCUAAAAACUGCAGUCAAAUUAACAAGCCAACAGCCUGCGCACAUCCAGCAAUAUGUAAAAAGGGAUGCAUUUGUAAGGAAGGUUACUUGAGAGCCGACAAUGGAACUUGUAUACCAAAGGACCAGUGCCCCCAACCCCCGCCGAAAUGCGGCAAGAACGAGGUAUACGACGACUGCUCUUCCACGAGUUGUAAGCCGACACUUUGCUCCCAGCUCGGUUACCCGUUGAAAUGUGAUAAGAAAUGCAAGCCAGGCUGCAAGUGUAAGGAUGGCUAUGUGCGCAACGACAAGGGUGUUUGUAUCCCUAUAAAGAACUGUCCAUCAUGUGGUGGAGACAAAAACGCCGUGUCGGGAUGUGGCACUAACUGUGGCAAAACAUGCGCUUCGCUUGGCCAAAAACCUCCUUUCAUUUGUCCAUUAAUUUGUAAGCUCAACAGUUGCGAUUGCAGGGAUGGAUUCUAUUAUGAUCCUAACCAGAAAAAAUGCGUUAAGAAAGAGGACUGCACGCCUACCUGCAAAGAGAACGAAAUAUAUUCCACUUGCAUAAAUGGCGGAUGUUACCCUAGAAGUUGCAGUGAGUUAAACCAAUCAUCAGCCUGCGUAGAGCCAGCAAUUUGUAAAAAGGGAUGCAUUUGUAAGAAGGGUUACUUGAGAGCCGACAAUGGAACUUGUAUACCAAAGGACCAGUGCCCACAAAAUUGUCCUGGGAAGAACGAAUACUACGAGCAAUGCAUACACACGUGCGGAAGCCAAAACUGCUCCGACAAAGGCAAGAUCUACCACUGUCCCAUCAUAAAGCCAGGAAAGUGCGACUCAUCCGGGUGUCGUUGCAAGCCUGGUUACCUAAGGGAUGCUAAAGGAGUUUGCAUUCCCGAGAAGGAUUGCCCACCCAUCUGCCCAGAUAACGAAGUAUAUAGUCCUUGUGCCAAUGGCGGGUGUGGACCGAAAAACUGCAGUCAGGUCAACGACCCCUACAUUUGCAUAGACCCUAUUUGCGUCAAGGGGUGCGUAUGCAAAGAUGGAUACUUGAGAAAUGAUGUAACUGGGAAAUGCGUGCCAAAGGACCAAUGUCCAAAAACUUGUCCUGGGCAGAAUGAAUACUACGAGAAAUGCAUCAAUAAUUGCGGAAGCCAAAACUGCUCCGACAGAGGCAAGAUCUACGACUGUCCUAAGAUAGUGCCGGGAAAGUGUGACUCAUGCGGGUGUCGUUGCAAGCCUGGUUACCUAAGGGAUGCUAAAGGAGUUUGCGUUUUAGAAAAAGACUGCCCUUCGCCUAAUUGCCCCUAUGGGGAAGAAUGGGAUAAGUGCCCCACCGUCCCAUGCGAAGGGGACAACUGCCCCAAAACCAAAGACUCGCCACAAAGUUGUCCGACCGGAAUAGUGUGCAGUCCACCACGAUGCGUGUGCGGCUACAACAGGAAAAGAGCUGAGAACGGCACUUGUAUCCUAAUAACUGACUGUCCACCGUUUAAAUGCGGUAAGAAUGAAAUGUACGUAGCUUGCUCAUCAAACUGCCCAGGGGAGAAAUGUAGCGACUACAUCAACCAGACGAAAUGUCCACCUUUCAAGAUCGGCAUUAUCGUAAAUUGCAAACCGGCGUGCAAAUGUAAGAAGGGCUACUACAGGGACGAAAAAGGAAACUGCAUUCUGGCUUGUGACUCGAAGGAUAUAAAAGCAGGAAUUAGUCACAGUGCGGCAGCACACGCCGCCCGGACCGACGAUGUGGAAGGUGCUGCUGCUCUUUGCCUGUGUGGCUGGUUCCGCUAUCGUCCUUUGCGAUGGUACUACAGAUCGACCGGUAACUACUUAUUUAUAGGGCUAACACCGACCUACAAAUGCGGCCCCAACCAAGUGUUCUCAAACUGCACGAACGGCGGCUGCGAGGCCCGCAACUGCAGUCAGGCUGGUAAAUCCGUGCCUUGCGUGAAACUGGACCCCAAGAGCUGCAAGAAGGGAUGUGUCUGUGCAUCCGGGUACUUAUGGGCAUCUAACGGGACCUGUGUGUUAAGGAACCAGUGCAACGAAGGUUGCGGAUAUGAUCCAAACUCGCACCCCGGCUGCGGCGUUAACUGCGGCAGGACUUGCUCCACCUAUAAGAAAAAAGGUGUAGCCUGCAUUCUCAUUUGCUACGACAACGGAUGCGACUGCAACGUUGGCUACGUUUACGACCCUAACGUCAAGAAAUGUGUUUUACCCAAACAUUGCACACCAACAUGUGGACUUAACGAAGUGUAUUCGACAUGCACCAACGGCGGCUGCUCUCGUAGGAACUGCAGCCAAUUGAGCAAGCCUCAAAUUUGCAUCGAUAGAACUCCCGAGUCCUGCACCAAAGGAUGCGUUUGCGCCGAAGGCUACCUGCGUAAUGCCAAUGGAACUUGCGUUCUUGAAAACCAGUGUCCUCAACGCGGAUGCGGCGGUGAUCCAAACGCAAAGCCCGGCUGUGGUAUAAACUGCGGACGGAGGUGCUCUGACUACAAGGUCAAGAAUAAACAACUUAUCUGCCCGCGUUAUGUAUGCAAGCCUGACAAAUGCGACUGCAAGGACGGUUUUGUAUUUGACGACAAUCUUAAGAAAUGCGUCGUGCCAGAGAAAUGCACACCAGAAACCGAUUGUCGGUGCCCCGGAAAAAACGAAUAUUACGACACGUGCAUCAGUGGCUGCUCCAACCAGAGCUGCAAUGACAUUGGCAAGAUCUUCCACUGCCCGAUCCAACCGGCUGUGUGUAGAGAAGGCUGCCGGUGUAAAGCAGGAUUUUGGAGGAAUGCUAACAAUAUCUGUGUGCCCCAAAGCGAGUGUCGUAAAGUAGGAGACUUAAAUCUCACAACAUCAAAUAACAAAUGUACGGGUCAAAAUGAAUUCUUCGACACAUGUAUCAGCGGUUGCUCGAAUCAAACCUGUGAUUCUAUUGGCAAGGUAUACAACUGUCCGAUUCAACCAGCUGUUUGCAGGACUGGCUGCCGAUGCAAUCCAGGCUUUUACAGGAAUGCUAGCAAUGUGUGCGUGGCAGAAAGCAAAUGUCGACCCGUUGUCACGACCACCAACACUCCAGUGAUCAUAGAAACGCCUACCACUGCAAAGCCAACUUCGGGUUCUAGUGGCAGCGAUGCCGAGGCUAACCUAAAAGCUGGUGUCACUGUCUUCAAUGGCGAAUUCCUUUAUGAACGAUUGAUAGCUGAGCCGGGAACCAAUCAUAUUAUGUCGCCAUAUUCGGUGUUCACUCCGCUAGUCCAACUGUUUCUGUACACCAUCGGAGAAGCUUUUAAGCAACUUAGCACAGUACUCAAUGUUUCCAGCAAAGAACAGAUCCGUUCUGCAUUCCCCAGUUUGGCUUCUUCCUUCGAAGGCCAAACCAGUGUCACCUUCUCCACAGCCGCCAGAGUAUACUCUGAUCUGAAAUACCCGUUGAGUGACGGUUUUAAGAAAGAUUCUGUCGACGUUGUACACGCCAGCACCCAAGAAGUCGACUUUAGUAAGAAUACUGAAGCUGCGAAUACUAUCAACUCUUGGGUCGAAAGCCAAACCAACAAUAAAAUUCAUGAUUUGAUCCAGCCUUCUGAUCUGUCAGCAUUAACACGACUUGUGUUAGUCAACGCUAUUUACUUCAAGGGUGAAUGGCAUUACGCAUUCAACAAAAACAAUACCAUCAAGGACGCAAAUUUCUACCUGAGCGAUGGAACGACUAAAAAGACCAGUCUGAUGUACCAAGAGGGACAGUUCAACUACGGAGAAGUUCCUGAACUCAACUGCACGGUCCUUCAAAUGUUCUACAAAGGCGACAAUUUCAGCAUGGUCGUAGUCUUGCCAAACGAGAAAGAUGGCCUUUUGCAAGUCGCUAAGAACCUGCAAGUCAAACCAAACUUCGAUAAAGUCAUGGGAAGCUUGAGCCGCCAGAAAGUUAAAGUGUACCUGCCACCUUUCACAAUUGAAACGACAACCGAUCUUUCUGAUAUUCUUAAAAAGUUGGGCGUUACCAAAAUAUUCGACAGUAAGGACUCCGGACUGUCAGGAUUAUUGAAGACUUCAGAGAACACCUAUGUAUCGAAGGCCAUCCAGAAGGCAUACAUUGAAGUCAACGAGGAAGGAUCCGAAGCUGCUGCUGCUAAUGCCAUCGUAGUCGAAGCGACAUCGGCGGUCAUCGAUCCAAUUCCCCCCAAAGAAAUAACAUUCAGAUGUGAUCAUAGCUUCUUAUACUACAUUGUCUGUAACGGAUAUAUCCUCUUCGCUGGUUCGGUCGCAGACAUCAACUCUGUAAUAGUGAAAACUUUGUCCGCAAUUCAACCGAUUAGGCAGUUGAUAUUCAGAGCCGAUCGCAGUUUCCUAUAUUACAUACUUGCAAAGGACGCUCCUAUAUUUUGUGGAUCAGUGGUCGAUCCCAAGUAGGAUUUGAGGUGAUAUACUA